GCGACCUGAUUUCUUCCGCGCUCCGGAGAUCAAUCAUUGCGCCGGAGGGACAGUAGCGGAACGCAGUCAUCCCCAUUCGAAGCGGACCGGAUACAUUUAGCCAGGCAAGAUGGUCUUCAUCCUGGGCGUGAACUUCCCUGAGCGGAACCUCGUCAAGAAAUCGCUCGAGGCCUUCUUUGGAGUUGGAAACACCGCCUCGUCACGCCUUUUGGCUCGCUUCCAUAUCCACCCCACAUGCAAAGUUGGGGAGCUGGCGAAUAAGCAGGUCCUCGAUAUCACGGCCGCUCUGUCCGAUAUGAAAAUCGAGAACGACCUCCGGAGACAGUACCUAGAUGAUAUCAAGCGCUUGAAGGAGACAGGUACCUACCGGGGUAGACGGCAUGCACUGGGACUCCCGGUUCGGGGACAAAGGACGAGGACUCAGACCAAAACGGCUGUCAAGCUCAAUCGCAUGGAAAGAAGGCUCUGAGUUUACUACGGCGGUUGUUUUGUUCUUGGUUAGACCUCGCGACCUUUAUGUGGGGGGCAUGGAAUGGCGUUUAUCUUUAAUUUCUUGUAAUUCAGAAUCGGAUACAGUUCAAAGACUUAUAAGAUGUAUUAUAUAUGGAGAACGAUUACAG